AUGAUCAUCUUCUUAUCUCUCCUUCUCUUCUCGGGAGCAGCUGCUACUGACGAAGGCUGGAUUGAUGUGAUUAGAGAUGAAACAAAAAUCGAGUUUGACUUGGAACGCACACCUCUUCAAAUAAAGACGAUCCAAGGAAAGGACGUUAUAAGUGUGUGGUUCUACGACGAAAGUGGUGCCAGUUCGGGAAAGAUCUUCCUUAGGGGACUGAAAUCUUCCUCAGUCUCCCUUUUUCCCCCAAGAUACGAACUUUACGACUGUAUGCCGACACAGAACUUGCCCCAUCAUUUUGUGCUGCCAAUUGAUAGUGAUACUGUGUGGACCAUCACAAAGAAGUUCCCAGGACCAAGAAUAACUGUGCAGUGUAACGAGGUAACAGUAGUGGACGUCACGAUGUCAGAUGAGGUGUGUACAACUACAUACUGGAAUACACCGUGGAGUAAAGAUGUGUCGAAGAUAAAGUUCCAUCCCACGCUAGACACUGCCUCCAAGUACUACAGACCUAAACCACUAGGUACAAAACGGCUGACCAAUUCUUGA